UUCCUCCUUAAAUGGUAAAGAAAAAUAGGAUGAAACAAUAGUCAGAAACCGAUGCACUAAUUUGUUGAAUGAAAACAUAAGAGAAAUGUGUGUGUCAAACACUAUAUAAUGUCUACCCUCCCUGGUUCUGCUGUGCAGACCACUGCAACAGAGAGCUGUAAGAAAUGAGUAAGGUGCUAUUGAAAACUUAAAAGAAGGCAUUGUGUCUUUAUAAAUGGCAGUGUGUAUUUUAUCUUUACAGGAUCCAACUCCAUGACACCGUCCACCUCACAACAUACAAGCGCAGAACCUGAACAUGCCUCUGCUCCACCUGCUGGAGAAGAAGCACCUGAACAUUACAUUGGUAACAGUGCCUUUGAAAAGGCGGACAGCAUGUUUAACAUUGUAAUGCUGGGACUAACGGGGACUGGAAAGAGUGCAUCGGCUAACACCAUCCUGGCUGCCGGGAACUCAAGAAAACACUUUAAAUCUAAGUCGAGCUCCAUGCCGGUCACCACCCGGUGUGAGGCCAUAAUAGUAAAGAAGCUCUGUGGGACGCGGGUGAGAGUGGUUGACACCCCGGACUUCUUAAACGACCAACUGAAGGACUCCCAGGCACAGGUAGAGGAGUGUAAGAGGUACUGCCAGCCAGGUCGGUGCGUGGUGUUACUCGUGUUACAGCUGGGCCGGUUUACAGAUGGUGAGAGAGGAAUAUUGGAAAAGCUGGAAAAAAAGCUUGACUGGAAGAUCAGGAAGCGCACAAUCGUCCUGCUGACACACAAGGAGGACCUGGAAGGAAGUCUGGCUGAGUAUAUUAAUGCGAAUGACGGCCUCAAGAGCAUUGUUGAUAUGUGUGGCAAUCGUAUUCAUCUUUUUAAUAAUUCCUCCAACGAUACUAAGCAAGUCACAGAGCUCAUCGAGAAAAUUCCAAACAAUGAAAGUAUUUUCCCAAAGUUUCCCAAAGAAAACCAGUGUUGUGUGUGUUAGCUUGGCUACACAUGCUGAUCAGUGCACAAAGUCCAAAUGGGCAAAUGACAUAAAGCGAGUAUUCUGUGGAUUAACACGGCAUCAUCUGACACAAAAUUGAUAAAAAUGAUUACAAUUGUUGCAGAACCAUUGAUAACUGUUGAAGUCCACACAUUACCCAUAAUGCAACUCUCCCGCCAACAGUUCAGUCGAGUCAGAUGCAGAUGCGCUUUGCUAGUAGCGGCUAACGUAGCCUAGACCCACCAGCCUCAAGCAGAGAGGAGGAGUGCGCUAUCAUUUUUUUUUUUUAUCAUUUAAAAUCUUCAGCCCUAAAGAUAAUUUAUCAUUAGCUUCGCUCUUGCUGUAGAAACUAAAGGCAAUUUUUUAACACACACAAUAAUACUCCCCAAGACCUGUGAACAGAUGUUCCCCUUUGAUUUCAAGUGCACAUUUUAAAGUUGUGUUCUCUACUGCACUCUAUUUUCUCCUAAUCAUUAUGAUAUCAUUUUAAUUAGAGUACUUUUAUGCGUUGUUUGUGUUUGAUUUUAAAUGAACCUCUAUCACAUUACACAUACCAAUGUGUGGAGCAAGCCUACGCCUCCUGGGGAUGGUGGAGGACGUUGUUACUGUUGCUACUGCUACUGGUGUGUAAUGUGCAUCUGUUGUUGUAGAAAUUGUAGAAAUUAUGAAUGCAUUGGUGAAAAUGGCAUGAACGUUUGACAAUAACUGGAUGCAGGAUUCCAACAUGGCCUUCAGCUAAGUUCUAAGAGAGAGAAGGGAGAAGAUUACAUGUCACCAAGUCCAGAAAAUGUGUGUGUCCUGAUCACGGCCCUGAUGAAAGACUCAGGGUCAGCUGCUCGUCAGAUGACACCAGCUGACGUACUGUACUGUGCCAUGAAGUCCAUCCUCCCAACUGUAGGUACCUGCAUGCUUUGCAUGGCUUUGGGUUCCUCUGCAGAGAAAACUCAGGAUUUUUUGUUUGAAUAAAGCAUUUUAUUUACAGAACCAUCUUGAUCUCCUUGAAAAAUGAUAAAACUCUAAUUAAAUAACUUUAAAAACUCACAAAACUGGCAAAGUAUUCUGAAACCUGCAUUGUUUACAUUCACUGUUAACUAGCUGGACUGCUGCUCUCUUCUCUAAAUGACUGUCACCUGUUGUCGAUUAGCAGAUGAACACCAAAUAAUCAGCAGGAGUGUGCUCCCCCACUGGAACAGAUUUUUGGUGCACAACACACAAACUUGGAACCAUUUGGAAAAGCAUAGCACCAGUAAUGAAUCCUUCUAAGAGAUUCAUGGGAAAUAGUGCUGACUUUGAAUUUAGGUAUGGUGUGACAUAUACAUUAUUUCAUAUUUUUGUUUU